AUGCAAUGGCAAAAAUGCGUUGGUUUGUACACGGAUGGAGCCAGGGCUAUGGCAGGCCAGUACAAUGGGCUUCAAGGUUUGGUUAAAGCUGUUGCCCCAAACAUUAAAUGGACCCAUUGCAUCAUUCAUAGAGAGGCUCUAGCUUCAAAAGAUUUGAGCCCCAGCCUAAAUGAAAUUCUUCAAACUGUCGUUAAAACAGUAAAUUUAAUAAAAGCACAGCCACUACAGUCAAGGUUGUUUAAAGUUUUGUGUGAAGAAAUGGGCUCGGAGCAUACAGCACUGCUAUUCCACUCCGAAGCUCGGUGGCUAUCUCGGGGAAAUGUUUAA